AUGCGCGUACUUACCCCAUCACUAUCAGCUGUUGGCACAGAGCCAGCUGGCAAUAUUUUGAACUCAUCAGUCCUCAAGCCUGUCGGUCGCUCUCUCAGUCACACAAUACUCCAGUCCUAUGCUGACAGGGUGUCUUCAUCAUCGAGUUUUUCGAGGUUACCCUGCUCCUUGGUCACAACCAAGGCCAUAAGGCUCAUGAAGCCGCUCAUCGUUCUGAUCAUUGGCAUUCGGGUGGUAUUUGCCGAAGCGGCUAGGGAGGCCAGCAUUGAGGCAGAGGUCAAGCCAACAAUUUGGGCAAACAUCCACAAGUCAAAUCCGGUGUCAUCGGUCAAGGAGAAAUUUCUCUCGGGUUGGAGACGGAAAAUCUUCCAACUCGACGACAUAGAGUCCUUAAACUCACUUGCAUUUGAGGUUGAUACGGGCCAGAAUGUGCUGCCGAACAUCAAAGAUCCAGAAGCCAUCAAUCCGCAAGCUAUUUGCCCCGGGUACAAGGCCGCAGAUGUUCGCUAUACACAAGACGGAAGCUUCACAGCAAGCCUGCACCUUGCAGGAAAGCCGUGUAAUUUGUACGGCAAUGACAUUGAGCACUUGAUUUUGGAGGUCGAGUUCCAGGCUUCAGACCGCUUGCACAUUGAGAUUAAGCCAAGAUACAUUGGUCAGGAGAAUGAAACAUGGUUCCUUCUCCCAGAUGUGCUGGUUCCGCGUCCUCGGCCGGAGUCUUGGUCAGAGCAAGGGCCGAGUGAUUUUGAAGUUGAAUGGUCCAAUGAGCCAACUUUCUCGCUCACAGUGAAGCGUCGGGAGACAGGGGACAUCCUGUUCUCAACAGAGGGAACAGUACUAGUCUACGAGGACCAGUUCGUAGAAUUUGUGAGCUCGCUGCCUGAGAAUUACAAUCUUUAUGGACUGGGAACGCUUUAUGCCGCCGAUGUGGCAGACAACAUCGACGCAAACAUAUAUGGAACUCACCCUAUCUACCUCGAUACCCGGUAUUUUGAAGUAAAUGAGGAGGGCUACAUGACCUAUACACCCUAUGCAGCUGCAACAGACAGGACAACCAGCUAUGUGUCCUACACCCAUGGUGUAUUCCUCCGGAAUGCCCACGCACAAGAGGUCCUCUUGACAUCCGAGGGCAUCACAUGGCGAACCCUGGGUGGUAGCAUCGACUUAUAUUUCUUCAGCGGGCCCACGGCAGAUGCCGUCAUCCAGUCAUACCAGCGAACUGCAAUCGGGUUCCCUGCCGCACAGCAAUACUGGACUUUGGGCUUUCAUCAAUGCAGGUGGGGUUAUGAGAAUUGGACCGUUGUACAGGAAGUCGUGGAAAACUUUUCCAGGUUUGAAAUUCCCCUGGAGGCGAUCUGGACCGACAUUGAUUAUAUGAACAAGUACCGUGACUUUGAAAAUGAUCCUCAGAGAUACAGCUACGAAGAAGGGGCGGAGUUCCUGGAUCGAUUGCAUUCCAAUGGCCAACAUUACAUACCGAUUAUCGACUCGGCCAUCUAUGUUCCGAACCCGGAAAAUCCAGAGGAUGCUUAUCCGACAUAUGAUCGAGGUGUGAAGGCCAGUGCCUUCCUGCUGAAUCCGGAUGGUUCCAUUUACUACGGAGCAGUAUGGCCUGGAUACACCGACUGGGUCGGUGCCGUCUUGAACGGAACGGGCACUAUUGACUGGUGGAUCGAAGAAUUAUCGAUUUGGUCGGAGAAGGUUGCUGUUGCUUCGUUCUGCGUGGGAAGUUGCGGUACUGGAAACCUCACGCUCAACCCGGUUCACCCUCCCUUUGUACUACCUGGAGAGCCGGGAAAUCCGAUCUUGGAAUACCCAGAGGGGUUCGAGCUCACUAAUUCCUCAGAGGCAGCGUCAGCUUCAGCAGCCAAGCAUUCUCGCACUGCAGCGGCUAAGCCAACCAGCACGACCAAGACGUCUAGCUACCUUCGAACCACUCCAACUCUUGGGGUGCGGAAUGUCAACUGGCCACCAUAUACAAUCAAUAACUUUCACGGCGAUCUGGCUGUACAUGCGGUCAGUCCUAAUGCAACUCAUCACGGAGGAUACCUCCAAUACGAUUUUCAUAACCUCUUUGGACAUCAGAUUCUGAAUGCCACCUACCAAGCUCUACUCAAAAUCAAGCCUGGCAAGCGACCUUUCAUCAUCGGCCGUAGCACAUUUCCAGGAUCGGGCAAGUGGGCAGGACACUGGGGCGGAGACAAUGAAUCCAGGUGGGCGUUAAUGUACUUCUCUAUUCCGCAAGCUCUGUCCUUCUCAAUUUUUGGCAUCCCCAUGUUUGGGGUCGACACGUGUGGCUUCGGUGGCAACGCCGACGCAGAGCUCUGCUCGCGGUGGAUGCAAUUGAGUGCCUUCUUCCCCUUUUACCGGAACCACAACAUCCUGGGCGCCCGAAGUCAGGAACCAUAUGUAUGGAGCAGCGUCGCUGAGGCCAGCCGUCGCGCUAUGCGUAUCCGUUACAUGCUAUUGCCAUAUCUCUACACCCUUAUGAUGCAGGCGAGCUUGGACGGGAGCACCGUCAUGCGAGCCUUGGCCUGGGAGUUCCCCAAUGAACCCUGGCUCGCGGACGCAGACCGGCAGUUCAUGCUCGGAAGCGCAGUAAUGGUGACGCCGUGCUUGGAGCAGGGGGCUACCACAGUCAAGGGUGUGUUCCCUGGUGUUCGAGACGGAAAGACUGUUUGGUAUGACUGGUACACGGGGAGGAAGGCCUCGGAAGGGGUCCGACCGGGCGAAAACAUCACUAUUGAUGCACCCCUCGGGCACAUACCUGUCUUCUUGAGGGGAGGCAGCGUGGUUCCUGUGCAGGAGCCCGGCAUGACGACGACAGAAAGCAGGAGCAAGCCAUGGGGGUUGAUUGUGGCCUUGGAUUGGCACGAGUUUGCGGAAGGCGUGCUGUAUUUGGAUGAUGGGGAAAGUCUGAUGCCACAAGAAGUGACGUGGGUCAAGUUCUCUGCCUCCACGGGCUCCCUUAUCGUUCAGCCUGCGGGCACAUACGUUGAUAUUAACCCGCUUGCGAAUGUCACUGUCUUGGGGGUAAAAAAUAAGCCCCACAAGAUGUGGCUAGAUGGGCAGGACGUUGAACCCGGGUACUGGAGAUAUAGAGAGGAAAAGGAGACGUUGGAGCUGCGAGGUCUGGAGGCCUUGUUUAUGGAGGGGGCUUGGAAGAAGACAUGGGAGCUUCGGUGGGAGUGA